AUGAAGACAGCGAUGAGAGACCCCAUACUAGGUCUGGAACAGGCUGGGACGACCACCAGGAGAUUAUGCCUGACUUGCAAGAAUCAGGAGGAUUCCCGGACCAAGACGGCGAUGAUGUGUUUCUGGACGCGUCGGAUAAAUUUGACGACUCUCCUGUGUCAGCACCAGUGGUUAGCCCAAGGGAUUUCAAGAAUUUGUAUGAAGAUGACUUUUCCGACGAACCUAUUGCUUCUUCUUCGCGGGAUGUUCCUCGCCCUUCUGCUCCCUUCAAUCAGACUACUCACGUUGGUUCUGACGUUUCCCAAUCUCCAAGAAGAUCGGUUCCAAAUUACCAGCCCCGACCUGUGUUUGUCAAGGAGUCUGCGCCCGAUCCUGAUGGGCCCUCUGACAGCAGCUCUGGCGAGCGACGACGACGACAACAACAAGCCCAACCGGGACAAAGGCAAGGCUCCAGCUUCCAGCAGCGACGACAUUUCUGAAUCUGAGUUUGACCCAUCAUAUUCCCCUCCUUCGGAAGGCCCCGCUACUACUUGGGAAAAACGACAAGUUGCUUCUCUGGACCGAUCUGUGUGGGCGGAGGAGUCGGUGCCCAAUCCUGAAGGGUCCUCCAGCAACAGCUUUGGCGAGGAAAACCGCAGAAAAGAAUCCACCCACGACAGCAAAAAUAACGGCAGCGACGUCCCCAACAACUCCAUCCCCCAGGUACAUGGUGCCAACGGAAGCUUGAAUGCGGCGUUUGAGCUUGAGCAACCCACCCCCGAUUUACCUGGUUCUGACGUUGUCGAUGACCCCCGUGGCUCCGAAGCUAGUCUUGCCCGUGAUAUCCCGACUGACCAGAACACUGCGAACAAACCCUCUAUAAGAUUGACGAGGGAGCUCGAGUCACUUACACGACAAAAGGCCAAGGCCAAGCUCAACCCCGGGAACAACAAACGCCUUCAAGGUACAGCAGGUAAAAGAACUAGGAAAGGAGGCGCAAAGCGAAACCGAAAGGUUAUUAAAGAUGUCAUUCAGGGUGUUACUAAGCCUGCUCUCCGACGAAUUGCGCGCCGUGGCGGUGUGAAGCGAAUCUCCACCCAGAUGUACCAGGAGAGCCGAACCAUGCUGAAAAUCUUUCUUGAGAAUCUCAUUAAAGAUGCGGUUGCCUACACCGAGCACGACCGUCGACAGAUUGUCACCGCCCUGGAUGUUGUCUAUGUUGCCAAGCGACGGGGUCGCCCCCUUUAUGGCUACAGUUGGAGCAGGUAA